GUCUACUCUGCAAGUAAUUGGGGCAUUCCCCGACGGCAAAAACCCACCAACAAAACCCUAAUUGCGGGUCGACGCUUGCUGAUAUUCACCUUCCUUGAAACCGGCACCGGAGGAAGGAGUGAAGAGAUGGAGGAGGUUAAGCACGGCGAAGAAAUCUCUCCGAACAUGACGCUUUACAUCAACAACCUCAACGAGAAGAUCAAAAUCGACCAGUUGAAGAAAUCGUUGCACGCAGUGUUUUCUCAAUUUGGGAAGAUACUAGAUGUAUUGGCAUUCAAGACAUUGAAGCACAAAGGUCAAGCUUGGGUUGUUUUUGAGAAUGUUAACUCCGCCAAGAAUGCACUCCGGCAGAUGCAGGGUUUCCCCUUCUACGACAAAGAGAUGAGAAUACAAUAUGCCAAAACAAAAUCAGAUAUAAUAGCAAAAGCUGAUGGUACAUUUGUUCCGCGAGAGAAGCGAAAGAGGCAUGAGGAAAAGGGAGGAAAGAAACGAAAGGAACAACAGGAUCCUAAUCAAGUGGCAGUAGGUCUGAACCCUGCAUAUGCCAGUGCCUAUGGCGGAACACCUGCUCUAUCGCAAAUUCCCUAUCCAGGGGCAAGACCUAUCAUUCCAGAAGCUCCCGCUCCUCCAAAUAACAUACUGUUUAUUCAGAAUCUUCCACAUGAUGCAACGGCAAUGAUGCUUCAAAUGUUAUUCUCCCAGUAUCCUGGUUUUAAAGAGGUUAGGAUGGUUGAAGCAAAACCAGGAAUUGCCUUCAUAGAGUACGGGGAUGAAAUGCAAUCAACUGUUGCAAUGCAAGCACUACAAGGUUUCAAGAUACCGCCAGCCCAAAACCAAAUGUUGAUUACUUAUGCGAAGAAAUAGAUUCAAGACUUUCAUUCACGUAUCAAUCAUCAUUAGAAGUCAACAAACUAUCUGUUCUUGUGAUACACUCUCCCUUUAGAGGAAUUUUAGAAUUUUUGAUGUACUUUCUGUAACCAAGAUCCUGGGUAGAUCAGUUAACAAAGAAAUCAACAAUUCAAAUGGCUAUGAGCCUAUUGCAAAUUAAUUAUACCCUCCCUU